UGUCGGGCAGUGACAAGAGUAGGAAGUAGACCAGAAGAAUUGUAGCUUAUUUAAGUUAUCGUUGGUUGUAGCAUUAGCGAUGAUCAUAUAGUCAGAUUACGGAAGGAGGGAAACUCGUUUUCUUAUUUCUUGGACGGUCAUUAAUUAGGUACAUUAAUGUGACGGUGUUGUUUUGUGAUAGAAGAUAUUUACUCAUACAUGUUGGAUAUAUGCGAAUUCCCAGAAAGAAAGAUGAUUUGAGAGAAGGGUGGAGCCUGCAACUGUGAUGUGCUGAUAGAGCCCAUGGCCAAGAUGCGAUACUCUGAGAUGCCUCGUGAUGUAUCUUGCGACAGUUUGUCUGCACUGCGCAUUACGGAGAAUCAUGAAGAAAGUGUUGAUGGAAGGUGCAGGGAUAAAUCACCACUUAGUGAUGUUGAAACUGUAGUUCCCACAUUCAAUGGAAAUGACUAUCCCCUUCUAAGGAAGAAAGAAACUGCAGGAACAGAGAGCAAACAUCAUAAAUCUUAUAUUAGACCAAAGGACCCCACAGCACAGUCAACUGGAGACAUAAGCAAGAAAAUAUCACAUCAUGCUGCCAGGAAAACAGUUAUAAACCCCCCUUGCUAUGAUAAUUAUGGCUCUCUCCCACACUGUGCUGCACCUCACAGCAAGUCACAGAGCCUUCCAAGCAACACUUCAAUCAGGAAUUAUGAUUCAUUUGUGUUUGAUCCUCUGAGAGUGGCCCCAGAGGAUUUUGCAAGUCAGUUGACAUUGCUUGAUAUGCCAGCAUUCAGAGGAAUCACACCCGAAGAGCUUGUGAGCUGUGGCUGGAACAAAAAGCAUAAGCUCACUGUUGCCCCCAAUGUUGUGGCAUUCACUCGCAGAUUCAAUCAUGUCAGCUUCUGGACUGUACAAGAAAUUCUUAAUGGUUCAUCAACUAAGCAGCGAUCAGAAACAUUAGGCCACUUCAUUCGAAUUGCAAAGAAGCUCUAUGAUUUAAACAAUUUGCAUUCACUUUUUGCAAUAAUUUCUGCUUUACAAAGUGCAUCUGUGUACAGGUUGAGCAAAACAUGGGCGUGUUUAUCAAAGAAGGAAAAGCAGACAUUUGACAGACUGGCUGAAGUGUUUUCUGACAGAAAUAACUGGCAUACUCUUCGUGAACAUAUGGAGAAUCUCAAGUUGCCCUGUAUCCCAUAUUUAGGUUUGUUCCUGACGGAUCUGACAUACAUUGAUAUGGCACAUCCACAUUCUGGUGGUCUUGAAUCAGAGCAGCGGCGCCUACACAAAAUGAACAAUAUUUUACGAGUAAUCUCAGAUUACCAACAGUCUGAUUACUCACAUCUGGUUCAUUUACCUCACAUACAAAACUAUCUGCGCAAUGUACGGUACAUUGAAGAACUUCAAAAGUUUGUUGAAGAUGACCAGUACAAACUAUCUCUAAAGCUGGAACCACCGUCACCUGCUGCAAGCUCUUCCAGCUCAAAAGAGUCUGUGACUGAAACAGUGACGUCUGUAGCCUCAUUGAACCUCUCUCCUGCUAAAGGUCUUUCCUCAGGUUCUCUUCGUCUCCAAGCAACAGCAGCAGGAGCUGCCAAAUUUGUACCAACCCACAGGAAGUGCCGCAGCUUGGGAACCAAAUUUCGUAGUACAAGUCUUCCUCGCAACUUCCACAAACAAGGUCACCAUCACCAAGGGUAUUGCCAUCAACCUGGUUGGGUACCCAGUGGCAUUUUCAACAAGACACCUCAGGUCGCAACGUACACAGAGGCAACAUCAGUAUUGCAGCUGGGAGAAAAGCAUUUGCUUGAUGAUUCUGUUCUGGAGGAACAACAGCAACAGCUGAUGCAUCAUAGUCCACAGUCUCCCAAUGGCAGACACAAACAUGAUGAAGGAUCUGUUUGUGAAGAGGGAGAAAAACUUCUCACAAGACAUGGAUCUUCACUUUUGCCAGAUGCAGAUGAGUUUGCUGAAGACAUGGGAAUGCAGUGUGUGCUGCAAGGAUGUCUCCGUAGGAAAACAAUGCUCAAAGAGGGAAGAAAGCCAGCAGUCUCCUCAUGGCAACGCUACUGGGUGCAGCUGUGGGCUUCCUACCUUGUUUAUUAUCCAGCAAAGUCAUUCAAAGGGAGUGAAAGGUCAGACUUUAAACAAGAGCCUUGCAAAAUNAUCUGGGACUGUUAUACAGGGACAGAAAAAUAUUUCAAGGUUAUUUAUGUGAUUAUUGCAGGGAAUGUAUACAAGUACAGAGCUGGCAGCAGGACAGCCGCACAGCAGUGGUGUCGCUAUCUGCAACAAGCAGCAUGUGGUGUCAAAGAGAAACCAUUACCUGCAAAUCUCAUGUCAUUUGAGUGACAGUUUUGAACAAGUGUGUUUUUUCUACAUAUAUAGUACUGAAGAGAAUCUGUCUGUUCUAGUACAUGUGGUUUACCUUCUAGCUUCUGUGGCCUAUUUUAUAUACUAAAUUGUGAGAGGCUCAGGUAUUUUUCCAGCAAAUAAUGCAGUUUUCUUGUCUGUAAAGACAACAGUUUUCCUGGCUUUGCUGAAAUUUCCACCACUCACAUUUUUGUUUAACUCAAGCCUAUUUGGCACUACACUACAAAUACUCAUGUCAUGACAAUAUUUUACAACAUUCUAAGUACUUUUUAAACUUCUUUAUUCGGAUGGUAGCAAUAAAAUGAUUUGGUAUUUAUGUAUGCACAUUAUUAAGAAAAUGGAGUAUGCAGUUCUUGGAGGCUUAGAAGGAGAACUGUAACAUUAAAUGGCUUUAAAAUGUUCAGUCUGUUCAUUCGGUGUAGAGGUGUUUAAUGUGUUUCCUUCAAAUAGAUCCAUUCUCAAGUUGGAGAUGAAUGAGAAGAAAUGAAACUGAGAUGAAUAAGGAGAAAUACAACUGAACUAUUCCUGUAUGUGAUAAUAGCAUGAAUUAUGUCCAGCAGACUUACCAGAAGAGGAGAGAUAACCCACUUCAUCACUGGCAGUAGUAAAUCUUGAGGAGAGAUUUAAAGGAUUAUAUUCUUCAUAGAUCUGGGAACUGAAAUAUUUCAGUCUGUCAGCAUUUGUACAAAAUGGCAGCUUUGUAUUGAUAUUAUGGCUCUCUUGUUCCAUCAGUGAUACCAAUGCAGAAAUUAUAAUGGACUUUCUGUUAAUAGUCCAUUAUUAAAAUAUUGACUUUCCCAAAUCAGAUUUCACUGACAAACUAUAAUUUGUUUAAGUGAAUUGGAAUAAUGUGAGCAGCAAUUGUAUUAUGUGCCAGUGAUACAGAUAUAUGUGAUCUCUUUGGCUGGAUUUAUGUUCCUCCCCCUCCUAUGUACCCAGAAUGAAGAUCAACAUUACCUAAUGCUAUAUACUUUCAAUGGAAGGAACAUUGCAUAAUUAUUCCAUUUCUUAAACUUUGGCUGUACUUCGUUGAAGUGUUGUUGUGUGUGAGCUAUGUUCAGUAGCUUGUGCUGAUAUGAAAAUUUUGUAAGUUUAGGUAAUUCGAGCUACAAUCUUUUGUGUUAGUUCAGCCUGAGGACAUGUACUAAUGUAGUUGUGCAUUACUUCUCCCCAUCUACAAGAUUAAAAAUGUGCAACUGAUUGUGCAGAAAAUACUUUCAAUAAUGAUUAUGAAAGUUUUUAAAUUUGUGGAAUGCAUUGUGGAAUUUUGUACAGAAAUUAUAACUUACAUGUAACAGUAAGUCAGAUUUUUUCAUUACCUGAUUUUGUAUAAUGUAGAUCUAAGUUUAGGAGGAUCCGCUCGAAUGUGUUGGACUUGUUUGUUGUAUAUGCUCUUCCUAAGAUGACAUUUCGUAUUAUAAACCGUAUAUGUUUGGUAAAAUUUACUUCCAUGUAUAUAUAUAUUUAGUUUCCCAUUUUUGUUUACACUGGUAUUUAAAAAUGCAGUAAAAUUUACUAGUAUUCAGAAGCAUUCUCUCAAAGGGCUAGAAAUAUGAAAGAGCCAACUGUGGUUAUACUGUUAUGUGAUUUUCAUUAUUCUCAAGAUUCACUGUGUUUCUAUCAUAACACCAUAUUUAUUAUGUCAAUGCAUUUAGUUCACAUUACAUUGAGAUGGAGCCUCCAACCAGAACUGAAAGUUGCAGAUAUAUAAAAGGAUAUGAUAUGGGAGGAGGGCAUAUGACAUGUAAGACAGAAGUGGUGGUAAUUAAAAGUAGAGUUCAUAGAUUAAUGAGAAGAACUUCUCUGCUCUCCUUAUUGCAGAUUUCCCAGUUGCUAUAAAUAAUGCUAGACAAUUUGAUUCUUAUAGUAGGCAAAUUCCAUUACCUUUUCUUGGAUCAAAUAGUGAAAAUUCAAUUUCAGUAUAACCUCUUGUGGCCAACAUACUGCAUAUUUUGACCCAAGUAUGCUUUUAAGAUAGGCCUUCCAAACACUGAAUCAUUGUUUCAGUGUACAGCAAGAAGUAGAACCAUUCAUCUGUUUUGUUUCUUCCAUGUUGAAGAAGAUCUUGCUUAAAUGGUGGAUGAUGGAAAUUAAAGCCUUCUUCUGACGUCUGAAAAAUUCACAGGUUUUGCCUUCCUGAUGAAUCCAGCAUGGAUUUUCUUGAGGCCAGAUUUGGAUUUGAAUUUGUAAUUUCAGUAGAAAUGUAUUCUAUAAAUUGAAAGUAAUUGUUCUAUGCUAUACUUCAGAAAUGGAAGGCUGUUCUCACCAUCAUGGACCCUAGUUUUUUUUUUCUACAGUUGAUGCUUAACAUGUACUUUGGAAUAAUGUAUGUUGAUCAGCCAGUUCAAAAAUUUGUACCUAGAGUUUUAAUUAAUAAUAGCAUGUUCAUCAGAAUGUAUUAUGAAAAGGAAAAUACUAACAUUCGCACUCUUAAAAUGUACGAAAAUACAAUACGUGUUAUCUUAGAUAUGUGCUGAAUAGACAAGACAUAUGGCAUGACAUAUAUUGUUUAAACUUUCAGCUGGAUACAGUAAACUCAUGAUUAUCCCACAUUUCAUCAUUUUUGUCACGAGAAAGUGACAUUUUUAUAAAGCCCACCACCACCACCUCCACCAGCAACAAAACUAAUUCAAGGCUCUUACCAAACUUUUAAUUGGUAUUUAGAAUAGAGAGCUUUUCAUGUUGAUUAUAUUGGAACAAAUUCAAAAUUAAAUAUAAAUUUACUUUGUGUUGUCAUGUCUCUGUAUAAAUUAAAUUGUACUAGGUGGUACUGGAAAGUUCA